UAACUUUUUUCUUUUUUUGUUGCUCUUCCCUUCUAUCCCGGUCCUGGUUGAAAUCCACAUCAUCACCAAUCCUCCAAACCCAUUAACGGCCAUGGCGCCUAAAACCCUCUCCUCCUUCCUCUCUCCCUUCACCUUCACACUCCCCAACCCCAAGCUCCUCAACCUCAACCUCCACCUCCACCCCAACCCCACUCUCAUCCUCUGCCGAUUCUCUCAGCCCCACCAGAAAACACCCCUCUCGGAGCCCCAGUUACCCCAACCCGAAGGCACCGGAGCCGCCGCACCCACCCCCGGCGACCGCUUCCUCGAAAGCCGCCGCUCCUUCGACGCGGCUAAGCUCUUGCUCAAGGAAAAGAAGAAGAAGCGGCUCAAAGAGAAGCCCUUGAAGCUUUCCACCGCCGUCGCUUGCUGUUACGGUUGCGGAGCUCCGUUACAGACUUCCGAGCCCGACGCCCCGGGUUAUUCCGACCCGGAGACCUAUGCAUUGAAGAAGAAGCACCACCAGCUUAGAACUGUUAUAUGUGGAAGGUGCAAGCUUCUGUCUCAUGGCCACAUGAUAACUGCUGUGGGUGGGAAUGGUGGUUAUGCUGGCAGGAAGCAGUUCAUCAUGGCGGAACAGCUUCGGGAGAAGCUCUCGCAUUUGCGCUACGAGAGAGCGUUGAUAGUUAAAUUGGUUGAUAUUGUGGACUUCAAUGGUAGCUUUUUGGCUCGUGUGCGUGAUUUGGCUGGUGCGAAUCCCAUAAUAUUAGUCAUUACUAAGGUUGAUUUACUUCCCAAGGGGACUGAUUUUAAUUGUAUUGGUGAUUGGGUUGUGGAGGCCACUGUAAAGAAGAAGCUUAAUGUUAUGAGUGUUCAUCUAACGAGUUCAAAGUCUUUGGUUGGAGUAGCUGGAGUUGCAUCAGAGAUUCAAAAGGAAAAGAAGGGGCGGGACGUGUAUGUUAUGGGGUCGGCAAAUGUUGGGAAAUCAGCUUUCAUCAGUGCUUUACUGAAACUGAUGGCGGAAAAGGAUCCAGUUGCUGCAUCAGCGCAGAAGUACAAACCAAUACAAUCUGCUGUUCCUGGAACUACGUUGGGUCCAAUUCAAAUAAAUGCUUUCCUAGGAGGAGGGAAAUUAUAUGAUACACCUGGAGUUCACCUCCACCAUAGGCAAGCAGCAGUGGUUCAUUCAGAAGACCUACCUUCCCUUGCUCCUCAAAGUCGGCUUAGGGGUCAAUCUUUGCCUAAUUCUCAGGUUUCCUCUGGAAAUAUAACAACAUGGAAAGGCAAUUCUAAUGAUUUGAAUGGCUAUUCAAUAUUCUGGGGAGGUCUUGUCAGAGUAGAUGUCUUGAAGGUUCUCCCUGAAACACGUUUAACAUUUUAUGGGCCAAAGAGUCUUCAGAUUCAUAUGGUACCCACUGAUGAGGCGGAUGAAUUUUACCAGAAACAAGUUGGAGUUUUAUUGACACCUCCAACUGGGAAAGAAAGGGCAGAUGAAUGGAGAGGACUCGACUCUCAGCGUCAAUUGCAGAUAAAAGUUGAAGAUGUGCAAAGGCCUGCAUGUGAUGUGGCUAUAUCAGGCUUAGGAUGGAUUAGCAUCGAACCUAUUUGCAGAUUAUUGAGAAGUUCUGAUUCAAAUUCAGAAAAAACUGCAGGGGAACUGCAUUUAGCUGUGCAUGUCCCCAAGCCAGUCGAAAUAUUUGUUAGGUCUCCAAUCCCAGUGGGCAAGUCUGGAGCAGAGUGGUACCAGUAUCGGGAGUUGACCGAAAAGGAAGAGGAAGAAAGACCAAAAUGGCAUUAUUGAUUCUUGUGUAUGUAUAGACAUAGAGAUAUGCAGUCAAUUAGGUGUUGUAAAAAAAGGAAUUGAACAAAUCUUCAUACAAAAAGACUAUAGACACAUGAACAAUGCCAGUCCUGCUAACAUGAACCAGUCUGUAACUCUGUAUGAGAAAAAGAAAUUUGACUCUUUUGAUAGAAA